GUCCACUGUGGGAAGGAGGAGUCAAAAAAGCACUGACCUUGGCGGAGGAAGCUCGGGGGAGGGAGGAAAGAAUUUGCAUAGUGUGAACGGCUGCAGAGAGUUCAGCAGCUCUUGCUUUUGUCAACAGACAGACAACUAUUACAGCACUGCAGCGGGAUCCCUCAUAUGUGAACUGGUGGGCGUGUGACAUCACCACCCCCCUCCUCUCCUUGCCUCUAUGCACUCUUUGGCUGUGAACAAUCAGCACACUGGGCCAUCUAGUCACAUGUUUAUCACCCCCCACGCCUCCGCCCCUCGUUUGGUAACCACGACAACGAGCACUGGUCCAGGCAGCAUCUUGCGGUGGUGACAAGAGGAAGGAAGACGGAGGAAGAGAUCAAAUGGAAAGGGGAAAGGGAGGAAAAUAGAAAAAGGAUCAAAUCCAAACCGGAAUAAUUUUUGGGCUACUCCUCAGAACAAAUGAGAUCACCUGAGGCAGGGAGUUAGAACCUUCCACUGGAGAGAGAAACUGACAACGUCAUACAAGGCUGUGGUUGGACCCAGAGACCCCUGUGACGGGUUGAAGGGCCCUAUCAGCCUUGUGUGAGUCUGGACCAUGGGAGAUGGAGGUGUCAGUGCAACCGGAGCAGAAGGGGUCAACCAUUCCCAUAUUCUGUUUGACAAAUUUGUCCAGGCAACCACAUGCAAAGGCACACUCAAGGCCUUCCAGGAGCUGUGUGACCACCUGGAAGUCAAGCCCAUAGAGUACAGGGUCUUUUACCACAGGCUCAAAUCUAAACUCAACUACUGGAAGGCUAAAGCACUUUGGGCCAAGUUAGACAAGAGGGCCAGCCAAAAGGAGUAUAAGAAAGGCCGUGCCUGUACCAACUCAAAGUGUCUGAUCAUUGGGGCCGGACCAUGUGGCUUACGAACAGCCAUCGAGCUUGCCUUUCUGGGCGCCAAAGUAGUGCUGUUGGAGAAGAGGGAUGCCUUCUCCAGGAACAACGUGCUGCACCUCUGGCCCUUCACUAUUCAGGACCUCAGGGGCCUUGGGGCCAAGAAGUUCUACGGAAAGUUCUGUGCCGGUGCCAUUGAUCAUAUUAGUAUUCGUCAACUUCAGCUCAUGCUGCUCAAAGUGGCUCUCCUCCUGGGCAUUGAAAUCCAUGUCAACGUAGAGUUCAAAGGGCUUAUUGAACCUCCUGAGGACCAGGAGAGUGAAAGGAUAGGCUGGAGGGCCGAGGUCCAUCCCAGGACACACCCUGUCAAUGAGUUAGAGUUUGACGUAAUCAUUGGAGCUGAUGGCAGAAGAAACACGCUGCCAGGGUUUCGACGUAAGGAGUUUCGUGGCAAGCUUGCAAUCGCUAUCACGGCAAACUUCAUCAACAGGAACACGACAGCGGAGGCUAAGGUUGAAGAAAUCAGUGGAGUGGCGUUUAUCUUUAAUCAAAAGUUCUUUCAAGACCUCAGAGAAGCGACAGGUAUUGACCUGGAAAACAUUGUCUACUACAAGGAUGACACGCACUACUUUGUGAUGACUGCCAAAAAACAAAGCCUGUUGGAGAAAGGAGUUAUUCUGCAUGACUAUGCAGACACAGAGCUGCUGCUUUCCAGAGCAAAUGUGGAUCAGGUUGCCCUCUUGUCUUACGCCCGUGAGGCGGCAGAUUUCUCAACCAACCACCAGCUGCCCACACUAGAUUUUGCCAUCAACCACUACGGCCAGCCUGAUGUCGCCAUGUUUGACUUCACGUGCAUGUACGCAUCAGAGAGCGCCGCCAUGGUGCGCCAGCGCAAUGGCCACAAACUGCUGGUGGCAUUAGUGGGAGACAGCCUGUUGGAACCCUUUUGGCCCAUGGGUACUGGCAUUGCCCGGGGUUUCCUGGCAGCUAUGGACUCAGGCUGGAUGGUGAAGAGCUGGGCUCAGGGAAAACAGCCGUUAGAAGUUCUGUCUGAGAGGGAGAGUAUUUAUCGUCUACUGCCCCAGACCACGCCAGAAAAUGUCAGCAAGAACUUCAGUCACUACAGCGUGGAUCCCACUACACGUUACCCCAAUAUUAGCCUUAACUUCCUUAAGCCCAGCCAGGUACGGCACCUCAUAGAUACAGGAGAGUCGACAGAGAUGCGCAUUGAAAUAGAGAAUGUGAUCAACUCUUCAACGCCAAAGUUGACCAGGAAUGACAAUUGCCUGCUUGACAAGCAGUUGCAAGAAUCCAUAGCUCGAUCCAGUAAACUUCUCAAUUGGUGCCAGAGACAAACAGAAGGAUAUCGAAAUGUGUGCGUCAAAGACCUCACCAUGUCUUGGAAGAGCGGUUUGGCCCUGUGUGCGCUCAUCCACCGAUACAGGCCAGAUCUCAUUGACUUUGACUGUCUGGAUGAACGAGACCAGGAAAAGAACAACCAGUUGGGUUUUGACGUGGCGGAGCGGGAAUUUGGCAUCUCACCCUGCAUGACUGGAAAAGAGAUGUCUUCUGUGGUAGAGCCCGACAAACUUUCAAUGGUCAUGUACCUCAGCCAGUUCUAUGAGAUGUUCAAGGACACAGUGCCACCUGGAGAUCAUCAAAAUUUGAGUCCAGAGGAGAAGGUUGCUCUUAUGGCAAGCACCAAAUCUCCCAUCUCCUUCCUGAGCAAGCUUGGUCAGAGCAUAGCAAUCUCACGGAAACGUAUUCCCAAGGACAAAAAAGAGAAAGAUGUUGACAGUUUGGGGAAGAGGAGAAAAACCAGCCAGUCUGAAGAGGAGGAAGCAUCCAAGGCUGGCCGUGAGGACAUACAGGCCACUGUUCCUGGUCUCCUGUCAGAGAAGAAGAUGGACUCUGCUUCUGUAGGGAGCAACAAUAAAGUCAAGGUUAUGGCUACCCAGCUGCUUGCCAAGUUUGAGGAAAACGCUCCCGCCCAGGGUUCAGGAUUAAAAAGACAGGGGGACUCAAUGCCCAAUCUGGACUGUAUUUUGCACCUAUCCCCCCCCAAACCGUUUGAGCCAGUGCACCUGGCACCUGUACCAGCUUGGAGAAAGAGACGCACACAGCAGCAGGAGCAGCUGAGCAUUCGCUACAAAGAAAAGAUCAAGUGUCCGACGCUGCCCAACAAAGGGGAGCAGGCCAGAAGUGUUGCCAACGAAGCAGUCAGCUCGGGCUCUCGGAGCUGCCCAAAGAAAACCAUUCUGCUCCUUUCUUCCUCCUCCUCCACUUCUUCGCUCUCUCUCCACACUGAGCAUUUGGGUGUCGGUCUGGAUGAAGAGGAGCUUGAAUACUACGAGAAACCUGUGAAUUACGGGGAGUGGAAGCCUUUGCACCUGAAUGAUCCAGGACCUAUCCAUGUACCUAGUAUACAGGAGAGGGCUGACCGCCUUAGCUCCAAGUUUAAGGGAAAAAAUGACAAGCCACCAAAGCCUAUGAAAAAGCCUUCCCGUUUCUUUUUAGAGCAGUGGCAUUUGUCUUGUGGCAUCACUGAGCAUCCAAGCUCACAACUCCCCUCCUCUGAAUCUUGUAGAAAGAAGCCAACAAAGUCGUUGUGUUCGGCUACCCCAAUGCCCUUAUAUGUGCUUAGUAUUCAGGAGAGGGCCGAGCAACUUGCCUCUCAGUUGGCGGACAAGUCAACUGGACCGAAGCACUAUGUAAGGAUGUACACAGGGGGAGUUAGCUCAUUGGCUGAGCAGAUAGCCAAUCAGCUUCAAUCGCAGGAAGACCCCAAACCAUUACCUGAGAAAAGAGAUUUGGGUUCCCUCAGAAAAGAAUUCCCCGUCAAUAUUGGAGGCAGCGAUGUUUGUUUUUUCUGUCGGAAACGAGUGUACGUGAUGGAGAGACUGAGCGCAGAAGGCAAAUUCUUCCAUCGCAGCUGCUUCAAGUGCGAAUAUUGCGGCACAACACUUCGGCUGUCCUCCUACGCCUUCGACGUGGAGGACGGUAAAUUUUACUGCAAGCCACACUACUGUUACCGUCUGUCUGGCUAUGCUCAAAGAAAGAGACCUGCACCUUCACCUUCGCCAGCUCCAACCACAUCUAAGGAGAACCAGGAACCUCCAACUGUUGCGGUGAUGGUAGAUGCCCCCGGAAGGGCGAUGGCAGUGGCAGGCCCUUCAGCUGAUAUCCGGCCCUCAGUAUCGGAAGCCAAUGGCCUACAGGAGCCAAGCCUAGCUAAACGGCUUCGUGGAACACCCGAGCGAAUUGAGCUGGAGAACUACCGACUGUCCCUGCAGAGGGAGGAGGAGCUGGAGGAGGUGCCAGAAGAGACGCUGGCAGAGCAUAAUCUCAGCAGUGUGCUGGAUAAAGCCACAGAUAUCGACCUGGGCUCCAGUAGCUCAGACUCAGACAUGGAGGAAGAAGACGAUGAACUGGAUGACCAGGAGGAGGCGGAAGCUGAGUUGGAGGAGGAGCAGCAGCAACUUCACAGUCCCUCCGACCUUGGAGGUGUCCCAUGGAAGGAGGCAGUACUGCUACACGCCCAACUUAGAGGUGACCAGUGUGACGUAGAGGAUGAGGCGCUCGCUGAACGAGACGAGGCAGCUCAUGAAGAUGAUGAUGAUGAUGAUGAGUCAAGUGAAGAGGGGGAUUACUGCCCCUGGGACAGGGAGCUCCAGUCAGGCCUUUGGCUGGAGAAGUACCUCACAGAUGAAGAUGAUGUUUGUACUUUUAAAGCCAAAAACUUACAAAUUCAACAAGUCCUGCAGCCUUUGGAUCCUCUUGCCUGUAUGGAGGGAACACAUGAAGUCUCUGAGACAGAUGGGAGUGGCCAACUGGCCUCGGCCUCCCAGGCCAUUGAGUUCACACAGCCCUCCUUUUCAGCCCCUGCCCACACAUCUGCCCGGCACGAAGCAGUGCAAGUCUGGUUGGAGUCAAUGUCUGGAGAACCUUGUGAGGAUGAUGAUCUGGAAGCAGAAGCAGAUAGUCCAGAUAUGGAGCCUGGAACAGAAAUGGACCAAGAUGACAUCCCCUCCGAUGCUGAAGCUGAGGCACGUUUGCACCCAUCCGUGCACAAUGGCCCAAUUCCACUGGAAAACAAAACAUCUCAAAGUGUGGGAUUGACUUUAAAUAUUGGAACAUCCAGCACUGAACCCAUACAGAAAGAAGAUGAUGCCGUCCUAUCGCCAGCCUUAUCUGCAAUAGAACCUGAAAGACAGUUAAUUGAGACAUAUUUUGACUCUGUGGUGAAGUCUCCAGAUACCCGCUUUUUCCAAGAACCAGUGGUUUCUGAGGAACCAAAAGUUGAUUGGACAACACCAUCACCAGCUUCCAAGCGCCCUUCGCCUGUCUUCAACCCUUCCCCUGUUGCUUCUCCAGCUGCUGCCUCUGUGAAGGCUUCUUUCUCCACUCUCAACAAGUCCAAUUCAAAUGUCAGCUCGCUGAUAAAUACAGCUGUCGGAUCCCCUGUAAAGUCGCAGGAUGUCUCACCAAUCUGUUCCCAGCCUACUCCGCUACCAGAGACAUGCCCACCUAAGUCGCCGGUCUACCCUCACCAAUCAAUUUGCCCUCUCACAGGCAACCCACUCUCCCCAAUAUGUUCACAGCCUUUGCUCUGCCAUGAACCUUCCUCACCUGUGGCCUCUGAAUCGCCUGUCAGAACCCAGCCUAUCCCAAAUGUCACAUCAACACCCAUAGCCAGAACUGGCGGAGCCACACCAGAUUAUGAGGAUUCCUCAUCUGAUGAAUCUCUGUCAAAAAAGACCGAUAUUAUUGAGGAAUUUUGGUUAAAGAGUGCUGAGAUACGAAAGAGUCUCGGUCUUUCCCCUUUAGACCGCAGUAGUAAAAUCUUGGAGAAGAGUCUUGUUAAGACUCCAACACAAGACUCCACCUCUGCCAAUACACAGGCUCCAGAUGUGUUAGAGGACCAGAAGCCUGCCUUUACUGGACGCACCGUGAUUCGUAGACUCAACAUCACUCUUGAAGGUCAAUUCAUUACACCCAUUGCUCCUGUGGAGGGUAAAAGUAAUGGCCCUGACACCAAAGAAUUUAGUAGCAGUUCAGGUGUGGGGCUGAACAAUAGUAUGGCAACAAGCCAAACGGCAAAGAGUGACAGCUAUAUCACCUCUGACUCCAUCAUGCUCACCCCACCUUCUAGCCCACCACCGCCUGUGCCUAUUAAUCAGUCCCCUGCGGUACUCAGGCAGCAAAAACACCUGAUCUCUUGGAGCAACGGGACAGAAAAACAUCCAUGCGAGCUGGCCAAAGAACUACCAAAAACAAAGACUCCCGUUCCUACACAGAGAACCCGACUGAGUCUUGUAUCUGCACCCAAACCUGUACCCAGGAAGGUGUCGCCAUCAACAGAUCUAGCAGAGACACCUGUAGUUAUCAUGAGGGAGAAGAAGAAGCCUCGGUCAGAGGAGCUGAGGAAGUCCUUUGUAGAGACAGUAGAAGAAAUUCCAUUUGCUGAUGAUGUGGAGGAAAACUUUGAUGAGCGCACGCCUGAGACCAGCAUGAAUAAGUUUUACAGUCCUCCUACCAGCAACACCAGAUUGGAGAGACCUCCCUUUCACCUGGCCUUAGCAAUAGAAAACGGAAAACCCAUUAUACCUGUGAAUCCAGCCUCCAAGAUGCAGAAGGCCACUCAGUUUUCUCCAGAGGCCAAAGAGAUAGCUCAGGAGAGGAUAAGGGCAAGAGAAAAGUCCAUUAAGAGCCAGGCUCUCAAAGAAGCAAUGGCCAAGCAGCUAGACAAAAUGAAAGCAUCCAACAUAGAAGACGGUGCCUCACCUAAAGUGACCUGGAGUGUCACCCCAGAGGUCACUGGGAAAAGUAAAAAUUCUGCAGUAUCAAAGACAUCAGCUGUAAAAGCUCUUGAAUCAAAAAAGGCAGAGACUCUACCUGAGCGUCUCCUCAGCAGCAACAGGAGUGUGGACAGCUCCGUGGCAUCCUCUGACAGCUCGUCCACAAAUAAGAGCAAGAAACGAAGUUCACUUUUCUCACCUCGCAAAAAUAAAAAAGAGAAAAAGGCAAAGAACGAUGGUACCCGGCUAUCAGGCGCAGAAGAGACGCCACCCAAACACAAGUCUUUGUGGAAGGCUGUCUUCUCAGGGUACAAAAAGGACAAAAAGAAGAAAGAUGACAAAUCAUGUCCCAGCACACCAUCAUCCAGCUCUACCACACAGGACUCUGGGAAGAAGGGAGCAUCCCCUGUUGGAAAGUCUGCAGAUGUUAAGUCACGCAGAAACUUGAGCUUUUCUGAAGAUUCAGACCUGUCAUGUGACGACAUUCUGGAGAGAUCGUCCCAGAAGUCAAAGGCAGACCGACACACGGACAUCUUUGACCUAGUAUCAGGGAUGCACAAGGAAGAGAAACUGGACAAGGAGAUGAGGAGGCAGUUAAAAGAAAGAAAAGGGGUGAAAGAGAGGCCCAAAGAAAGAGAACGGGAAAAAGCGGUUGAUCGUGAAAAGGAAAAAGACAAUGAGGAGUCUGUUUAUGUCCCUCAUGCACUGGCGUUCAAGAGAUCAUAUGCCGCAAAGAAAACGUACACAGAAGAGGAGCUCAAUGCCAAGCUCACACGAAGAGUCCAGAAAGCUGCUCGACGACAAGCAAAGCAGGAAGAACUGAAGAGGUUACACCGGGCCCAGAUUAUUCAAAGGCAGCUGGAGCAGGUGGAGGAGAAGCAAAGGCAGCUGGAGGAGAGAGGCGUGGCUGUGGAAAAGGCACUGCGAGGAGAAGCAGGGAUAUACAAAGGUACUUAUACAUUACCCAAACAGCACAAAAGAAGAUCAGACUAUUGGGGAGAUUCUAAUUACAGUGAAAUCCUGGACUUACAUCUGGGCGGCAUGGGUAAGAAGGACGAUCCUAAACUAAUGCAAGAGUGGUUCAAGCUGGUGCAGGAGAAGAAUGCCCUUGUCCGCUAUGAAUCCGAACUCAUGAUAUUUGCCAGAGAAUUGGAGCUAGAGGACCGUCAGAGCCGACUGCAGCAGGAACUGAGGGAGCGAAUGGCUGUGGAAGACCACCUGAAGAAUGAGAAGGAGCUUGCACAGGAAAAGCAGAUCUUAAAUGAGAUGCUAGAUGUUGUGGAGCAACGUGAUGACCUGGUGGCACUCCUGGAGGAGCAGAGGCUCCGAGAGAAGGAGGAAGACAAGGACCUGGAAGCUGUGAUGCUCUCCAAAGGCUUCAACCUUAAUUGGGUUUAACAAGCGUGAACUAAUUGCCCCAACAGGUCCUAGGUUGAAAUGAGCUGGAGAGUCUCUGCCUGCUUUGAUCAGCAUAGUGCGGUGAACAUGGAAGAAGACAGUUCGUCUGAAUCUGUCACACCCGCAGCAGUGAAUGUGUAAAGAUUCUUAUCAAACACACACGUGCACACACCCUGGCUGCUGCUGAGAUAGGUUGAAGCAGUCUGCAGCGUUUACAUGACCUCAGCCAACAGCCAGUCCGAGGUAAUCACUUUUACGGUUUGUACUGUCACAGUGAGUAGAAAGACAGUACAUUCGCAACUUAUCAUCACAUCCUUGAAGUGCUGGCACCUUUGGAAGCAUGUUUAAAGACUUGUUUGAUCUGGUAUUAUCUAAAGGGAAUACUGCAGUCUGGUCCUGCUGAUGUGAAGAAUUGUGUUCUGUAAAUAAUUUGUGGAGAUGCAGUAACAUUUGACAGCAGAUCAAGAGCCUCCUCCUGUCUUUGGAGAACACAAAGAGGAAUGUUAUCAAGCCUUACUCUGACUGCAGGAAGUCUAUGCUCUUCUGAAGAUCCCCUCUGACGGACUUCUUCUUCCUGAUGAACCAGAGAGACAAUAUAGAUCACUGUUUGUUCCCCCUUAACAUUGUGUUUUGUGGAUCCGCACUAAGAAGCCAUCAGAUAUGGACUUUAAUAUAUUUAUCAUCUUUUAUUAAGCAUUAUUUGCAUUCACACACAAACAUACGAGUGCCCAGUAUGUUAUGUUGCACUUGUGUAAUUACAAUGCAAGGCUACGUGUACGCAAUGUUCCCGGCGGCCAUGGCAGCCCUGUUUCAUGCCACCAGGGAUAGAACAGGAUUGUCGUGAGACAAUGUCAAACGUAACAGGCCGUGAUGGCCCAACCAGAUGUUUACAUUGUCAAAACGUUUGCCACGGUGCGGAUGAGAAACCUCGUUGGCCUUAGUAUAAAGGGGUACUUGGAGGCGAUCAGUAGUGAAAAAGGCAUAUUUAUUCCGGGCAUCUCACACUCACUCCCUAUUAACUCUUCUGAAGCUAAGCCAUGUGGUUAAUUUACCUACAAUGCCUGCUGUGGCAUACCUUUUUGUAAGCUAGUGGUGUGUGUGUGUGUGUGUGUGUGUGUGUGUGUGCGCGCGCGCGCGCCUGCAUGCGUGUGUGAGGGAGAAAGAGCACUCUACCUCUAAGAGCAUGCACACAAGCGCAGUGUGUAUGUGAAUGACAGGCUCUUUUGCAUGUUUUGGUACGAGAUGCAUUAGCGAAUGAGUUGUUAAAAGAAAACUCAUAUCAACUAUGUAUGGAGCGGCCGUAUGAGUCCACCCCUGUGCUGACGUCCGGUAGGGGAGCGCCAUUCCACUGCCGGGGAAACAAACGUGCUCCAAAGCUGCCUUACAUUCACCUUUCAGCCGUAGAAAGCCUUGACAGAAUAUGACAAACAUGAGCAACCGCAUCAGAAAGUGACGAGCUGUGAGGGAAAAUACCGGCUGGUGAACCGCGGGCCGGAACGUAGUGCCACCUCUGAGCCUCCGGGAUUCAGCAACCGCCUGUCUCCCACGGCCCAUCACGGAUACUGUGAUAGCCACUAAGAAAACUUAGCAAGACUUAACGGAAUACAGAGAAAAAUAAUGGCCAACAUCCUAUGCUUCAAACGGGGCUGCAGUGGCUGCUGGGAACAUAGUGUAAAAGUAACCAGUGAAGACUGCUGCCAUAGCGAAUACCUGUUUUAUUUUGUCCCAGCUUACAGGGACACCGAAUACAGACGUAAGCCCAUUUGCCACUUUAUUAGGUACACGAUUGAAGAGUGUAAUAAUUCACCAUCCCUGAAUUGAACUUUUCCCUGCUGUUUAUUGUCCCAGAAAAGCAAUGAAAAGGUACUUUGUCAGUUGUACGAUGUAGUGCACAGUGAAAGUUGUUCUGUGCAUUCAACCUAUCCCUGAGAAGGAUUGGGGAGCGAGGACUGGAGAAAACUCACAUGGACAUGGGGAGAACAUGCAAACUAAAGCCCCACAGUCAACAGGACUACAUAGAAUUUGGCCCUGGUCCAUCACAUUUUUAGAGGGUUAUUUUGAGAGCCUUAUUUAUUUUAAAGCUCAGCAGAGGGCUGAUCUGUCAAAAGGUCACGUCAGCAUAUGUUCCUUUUUAGCACUUUGACUGUUCCCACAAGUAAGAAACUCUGUCAAUUGUAAAGGAUGGUCAUUUUAAAGAUGGUUGAGCUCAAAGAUCAAGUCUGCAUGUUGCUUUUCAGCACUCUGGCAAGUUCAGUUUUCAGCCAGCUUUUAUUUUGGUGAUUGUGUACUCUAAAAGACCCUAUUGAUUCUGCAUACCAUGGGAUGAAAAUUUUAUUCUAGGACAGGGUUACAAGAUAUCAAAACAAUGUAUUUAUUAGUUUUACCUAUCAACAGAUUUUCUCAGUUUUUAAUUCACCUGACAACACAUGACUUUUUUUUUUUUUACGGAAUCAUUGGUCUUUAUAUGGUUUGUUUGCCAGGUGAUUCCUAAUAUAUACCCGAUUUAAUGAAAUUCAAUGGUGUAUGUAAUAUCUUACGUACUGCCUUUCCACCUGCUCUCCCGGACACACAAUAUGUCAACCUUUCUCCUAAUCAUCAUGUCAACCAACUACCAAGCUUUUCCUGUCAUAGUCCCAACAUUCAAAGUCCCCACAUUUGGUUCUAGGUUCUGUGCUUUCCUCUUCUCUUUCUGCCCAAGAACCCGCUUUCCACCACCUCUCCUUCGUCUUCGACCCACAGUGGCUGCAUUUCCACCAGCGCCUCGUAGGUUAACAGCGCCGGUGGCAGACGUUGUUAACCUCUGCCACGAUCGAUUCGGUAUGGAAUUUUUUGGAACGCUCAUUUUUUUGUCAAAGUUUUAAGCCGAAUGCCUGUCCUGACGCAAGCCUCCACAUUUAUCUGAGAUUGGCCUGAAGUUUGCACUGGCUUGUGCCUCCCAUAUGGCUGCAUUAUUAUUAAAAAUAGAUAGAUAGAUGGAUGGAUACACACACACACACAGUGGGUGAAAUACGUAUUUAACACAUCACCAUUUUUCUCACUAAAUGUUUCCAAAGGUGCUAUUGACAUGAAUAUUUUACCAGAUCUUGGGAACAACCCAAGUAAUCCAUACAUAAAAACAAACAUACACACAAACCGACAAACUCAAGGUCGAUAAAAGAAGCCCCACAGAACCUUCAAGAUUUGAAGACUGCUUGUGUGGAGAAAUGGGCCAAAAAUCACACCAGAGUGACUAGUUUCUCCAUAAGGAGGCAUCUUGAAGCUGUCAGUGCAAACAAGCUUUUGUACAAAGUAUUAAAUAACUACCACUUGGCGCGUUCAAUACUUUUUCCCUGUGCUAUUUCACAUUAUUACAACUUAAUUCCUGAUCUUAUUUGUUCUACUUUCUUUGUAUGUAUAGAUUACUAACUUCUGGUGAAUUUUUCAUGUCAAUAGCCCCCCCGGAAAUAAUAUGUUUACUGACAAAAAUUGUGUUAAAGCUGCUGUGUAUCUUGCCCUCCUUUCUCUACUUUUCUCGCGCGGUUCAAACUGAAGACUCUAAAUUGUUUGUAUGGGAGUGUGAAUAAAUGUGAUUGAAAAGUGAUCAGUCCAGGGUUUCCAGUCAGCUGGGAUUGGCGCUGGCUUCCCAGUGACCUUGAAAAAGCUAAAAACUGUACAAAAUUCCUGAAAGGAUGGUUUCAGGGAGGUUGCGUUGUUUUACGUUUGUAUUCUGUAGCUAAUAAAAUGUCGAGGGAAACCACACAAGCGUUUCAUGUGUUCAACAGGGAAGGGCCCCCUCCUCCAUACGAAAUUCAUUGUAUAUCUAAUGUUUACAAACACUUGUCCAUAUCCUGUCUUGUAUUUUGUUUCCGACAAUAGCAUGCAACUGAGGAGAUUCACAAACAUUUCAGAAAGUGGGAGUGUUCAUACAUACAGAUGCCCUUUUCGAUUUUACCAUCCUUUAGGCCUGGGUUUAUGUCUCAGUGGACGUACAGGUUUUUACUUGUUUUUUUUCGGCAAAUCUUUUUUAAGGGUCUCUAAAAAAUUAUUUUAAGUUUAAUUUGAGGUUCUGGAAUAAUGCAAAUGCUGUGAAUAUUUUGCAUCAAAUUGGACCAUGAGGGACAGGUCAUGUAGACUUUUAAACAAACAAAAAAAAUUCACUGUUUUUCGAGCACAUGCAGUACGUGUUAUGUAUGUGCUGUGAGUUGAAACAAAGUUACACAAUUCUUCUGGUUGUAGAUUGAGUGUGAUAAGUGUGACAUGAUUGUAUUGAUAUUUAUUAAUGUGUGAAAACUGUAUUAUAUGUAAAGUAUAAGAAUCCUAAUUUUUAAACCGUUCUGUUGACACAUGACUUAUGUAAAUGUUUUGUGUAGCUAAAAAUGCUUAUGGGUGUUGGAUGUAUGCUGCAAACAGCAAUAAAACAAUGCAGUUGUUCUUUCUAA